AUGCCUUUUGGCUCAACUAAUGCCCCUGCGACAUUCAUGGAUUUAAUGCAUCGGGUGUUUAAGCCUUAUUUGGAUAAAUUUGUAGUGGUGUUUAUUGAUGAUAUCCUAGUGUACUCGAAGACAAGGGAGGAACAUGAGCAACACUUGAGGAUAGUAUUGCAAACCCUAAGAGAGCACCAGCUGUUUGCCAAAUUUAGCAAGUGUAAAUUUUGGCUAGAGAAAGUGGCGUUCCUAGGCCAUAUCAUUUCAAAGGAUGGGCUUACUGUAGACCCGGCUAAAGUGGAAGCUGUAGCAAAAUGGAAACGGCCGGAGAAUCCUACGGAAGUACGAAGUUUUCUAGGUCUCGUGGGGUACUACCGCCGAUUUAUAAAGAAUUUCUCGAGAAUUGUGGGACCCCUAACGAACUUGACAAAGAAACAAGGGAAGUACAUUUGGGAUGCUAAGUGCGAGAAUGGUUUCCAAGAGCUUAAAAGGCAAUUGACCAUGGCUCCAGUGCUAGCUCUGCCCAAUGGGACGGAUAGCUAUACAGUUUAUACCGACGCUUCGAGAUAG